AUGUUACCCUCAUCGGUGCGACGAUUUGCUUCGGCGGCGCCCCAGUCACCCGUCAUCUCCUCCCUAACCUCGACUAUCCCCCGGGCCACGGCCACCUUCGGCCUCUCCUACAAGCCCAAUUGCCACCAACGCCGAUAUUCCUCUUCGAAGCCGUCGAGCCCCGACGAUGGAUCGCGAGACUACGCUUCUCGGCCCGCUGUCCCUGCCUCGGACGGCUCCAAAACCACCGAAGAGAAGCGCAAGAGGAAGACCAAGGCCUCGUCGACAACGCCACAGCUCCCCAGCGUUCCAAGCACCAGGCAUAUCAAGGAUGAGAGCCUAGCUCUCUCGACCUUUUUCGCACUCCACAGACCAUUCUCGGUCACGCAGCUUAUGCCCACGGCCGUGACCGAUGCUGCCUUUGCCGAGAUCUUCAACCAGCGAUCCCGAACGCGCCGGACCGCAGAUGUCAUCCAGACCCUGGACAAGACGGUACAGCAGCUCGAGCAGCCCCUCGCCAACUUGACUAUUAGCAAGGACCAGCACCAGCACCAGCACCAGCAACUGCAGCUGCAGGAGGAGCAACAAGAGGCCGAAGAUGGUGCUACAAAGAUUGCUUUCAAGCGCCAAGACGGCUCCGAGGCCAGCGUCUACCUACAGCUCAAUGCCAUGGCGGGCCACUUUCAGCCGUAUUAUCCCCCUCCGGCGCCUGAGCCGGUCACCGAUGCCCAGGCCGAAGCCGAGGCCGCCGCCGCCGAGGAGGCUGCCGAGCAGGAGCCGCAGACACGCAUCCACAGGGCCAUUGUGACGCUCGAAGAAACCCUCGAUGCAGACGGCGAGUACAAGGUGGUGGCCACGGGCCUGGAAAUGAUCAACGAGGACGCGCAACUGCGCACCUUCCUCGGGCGCGUGGCUCUGCGACAGCUGCGUUACUACAGCUCCCGCGUGCAAGACGGCACCAUGCAGGCCAUCAGCGUGCGCCGGCAAAGAAAGCUGAAGAUGAAGAAGAAGAAGUACAAGAAGCUUCAGCGCAAGACGAGAAACAUUCGGAGAAAGCUGGACAGGCUGUAA